AUCUACGUAGUAUAAACAAAUGAAACAGGAGCGCUCCGGAAUUCCGUGCCGAGGUUUGUAGCGCUCGCGCAGUCGGCGGCUGGAGCUUCGUGGGUGAAGCGGCUUUGACAUCGCAACAGUUAAACUGAUUAGCAGUUAGGGAAAGAUACACAAUGAAGAGUAAACUUCUGGUGCUGGCGUUAUUGCUGGCGGCGAUAUGUGCCACAGAAGCUGUGAAACGGCGCCGACACCGUCGACCGCGCACCAGCACCACGGAGCACCCCAUGUUCGCGGCGGCGCGCUUGUUCCCGCCCGCGGCGCACGUGGCGCGCGAGGACGCAGAGGCCGAGCACCUCGAGCUGGGCAUGGCGGAGCGCCUCGACGAGAAGCGGUUCCAGGAAUCAGAGAGAGCUCGCAUCAAUGAGCUGAUGAACGAAAUCCCAGACGAAGACACUGGCAACGAAGUUUUCCUGGACGAUCCUUGCCUCAAGGUGCACUGUAGCGCGGGCCGCGUGUGCGAGAUCGACGAGCAUGGUGACGCCGUUUGCAACUGCAUCAAGGAGUGCCCCUACGAAACUGACUCCCGCCGCAAGGUGUGCACACACACCAAUGAGACGUGGCCUUCCGACUGCGACGUGUACAGACAGCGCUGCCUCUGCCUCGACAAGUCGGACCUGUGCCGCGGCCCCGAGUACAGCCACGUGCAGAUCGACUACUACGGCGCCUGCAGGGAGAUGCCUGAGUGCAGCGAGAACGAGAUGUCGGACUUCCCGCGGCGCAUGCGCGAUUGGCUGUUCAACAUCAUGCGCGACAUGGCGGAGCGCAGCGAGCUCACGCCGCACUACCUGCUCAUGGAGCGCGAGGCGGAGUCCAACCUCACUCGUCGCUGGACCAACGCCGCCAUCUGGAAGUGGUGCGACCUUGACGCGCACGACAACGACAGAUUCGUAUCCCGGCACGAGCUGUUCCCGAUCCGCGCACCGCUGAUGGCACUGGAGCACUGCAUCGCACCCUUCCUCAACCGCUGCGACGAGGACAGCGACCACCGCAUCACGCUCGCCGAGUGGGGCAAGUGCCUGCAGCUCGAUGAGUAUGAGAUGGAAGACCGUUGUGACCAACUCGGCGACGAGGAUGGGCAGACCAGAGAUAAUUAACACUUAUUAGAUAUAAGUUUACAAUCUAUUGUACAAAUAUUAUAAAACAUCAUCUACAUAUUGAGAAAAAAUGUUUCCUUUUUUUCUGUUGCUCUUAUUAUAAUUAAAGUGAACUAAGAUGAUACAAUAAAAAAUAUUAUGCAAAUUACUUAAAUAAAGAAAAAUUCAACCAAUUUUAUAAAUGUUUAUAAAAUUGAAGAGGAUAUCCAAAGGGUAUGGUGAUACUCGUAGGCACGUCGUAAGUACCUACUCGUUUAAAAGAAACUACACUUAGGGAAGGAAAUAAGAGGCAUGAAAUUAAGAAUGUCAUUAUAAUUAUUAUUAAUAUUGUAUGAUCAUCAACUUUUUAAAAACUAACUAGCAUGUAGGUAUAGAUUUUUUUUAUAAAUACCUAUAGUAACAUAUCUAUACAUAUACAUGAUGUACCUACUGUGAUUUAAAAUGUGAAACCAAAAAUUACCAUACAUUAAAAAUAUUAAAAAAACA